AUGUAUCCCAUCUGUGAGAAACCAGAGUCCCUGAGGGGACAGCCUUUUUGGCAGCAUAGGCUUGGGCUAUCUAGCCCUGAGGACAACCAGUUUGCCUUCCACGAGGUGGAGACUGACCAGGAAGUCCCCAAGGACCAGUCCAGUGGUCUGUCCACAACCUUCGUUAUCAGGCGCUUCCAGCUCUGGGCCCUAGGAUUCUUCUACACCGAGCGCCACUUGGCCAAACGCCUCAAGAACAACAGCUUUUACCCCUUCAAGCAGCAGCAGCCAGACGUCUUUGUGCUUGAGUACUACCUGGACACGCUCUGGAAGGGGACGGUGCUCUUCAUUGUCUGCCUUCUCCUGGUCUCCUGUGAUGUCCUGAAAAAGGUGCAGAAGCAGGAGACUUGGUGUUUCCCUGCCUAUGGCAUGGGUAUAGGCCUGUGGCUCAUGAUCUCCUCAUUGCCCCGGCGGCGCCUGGUACUGAACCAUACACUUGGCAUUUACCACUUCUCCAUCUGUGGCCGUACUGUAUGUCAGGGACCAAUGCACCUGGUCUACGUGCGCCUGGCGCUUAGCUCUGAUGCCUAUGGAAGGUGCUUCUUCCAGCUGGUCCUUUGUGGCCACAAGCUGGAGCCACUGGUGCUGGUGCAGCUGUCAGAGCACUAUGAGCAAAUGGAAUUCCUGGGCCGGCACAUUGCCAGGAAACUCAACAUCAACUACUUUGACUACCUGGCCUCUUCCUACCGGCAUGUGAUCCGGCAUUGGCCAGUAGGGGCCACCUUUAACCCUGGCAUCGUGCAGCGCAAGAAACGCACCUACACCAAGCUGAGUCUCUCUAACCUGGAUGUGUAA